AUGGACAUCCGUGUGGAUGACUACGUUCUCUGCGUGGGGCGCUUGUGCUUUACCGAUGUGGAUCCUACGGUAGAAAAGUUAUUCAAGUCGCUUCCGAUGGCGUUCCACUCUUGCAGUAGCAGCGGCAGUGCCCAUGCCGGAAAUGUCGAUGCCACCCCAUCAGAGGCAACUUCAUUGAGGAUUAGUGGUUCAGCGAAGGCAUCUUCUAGCGAAGCCGCAACGGAUGUGCACAAUGAACCUGGGGGGCGCAGCAGGUUUCGUGCAAGCAGUGAUGUUUAUGAGGAUUCAAUCGGGGAUCCAAUGUGCCUUCAGCCAAUUUCUUCUGAGAAUCAAUCGAUUCGGGAUGCGACCCACGUAUUGCUGCCCGGGGCACCAUCACCUAUUGCUGUGACCGACCUUUUGGAGUUGGGCAUUUCUCUAGACAAUGUACCAUCUGGAACGCGUUUUUUCAGUGCCGCUGAGUCGAUAGAUCGUUCACAGCUCCAGGCCAUGCAAUUUGGCCUGCAUCAAGAGUGUGAUUCCAAUGAUUUGGUGACGCGACACUCACACUGUGUUCGUGCUGCCGCCCCUAGAGAAGUGAUGUGUCCCACCCCACCACGAUUUUGCGUAAAAGGGAAGGUGAGACUUAUUAGUAGUAGCAAUGAGAUUCUUUUUUGGUGUCUGAGUGCCAUUGAUACUCAUGUCCGUCUGAAGUCUAUCGCCCUGCAAAGAGCAGUAAGCUAUAGCUGA